UUUUGGGUUCACUGCUAGCUUAUCAAAUGAACCUAGCUCUGAACAUCCAAUUGCAAACAACAUGUGCCUUUAGAAAAUGUAAAGUUCAGACCAAUUCUCUUGUUAGUAAUCAAAUUAUCCCCAGCAUUGUAUGUUAUUGCAGAGAACUGCAGGCCUCAGGCGUCUUUUCCUCCUCUGUAGAGCCUCUGCUUAGUGUGUCCCUGUUUAUCUCCCUAGUGGCAAGUUAGAAAUGUACACUGCCGCUGUCCAUGGUGCUGACGAGAUGGACAGUAGCUUCUGAUUAUAAUACUGCAAGAAUAGUAUUAUGUUGAAUUACACGCUAAUGCUUUUGAAUAAUGGCACUAUUUCAACAAAUAAUGCAUCAUUUAUUCAUUAUUGCAAUCACAGUGUUAUUGUCAUCGAGUGUGUGUGUGUGUGUGUGUCUGGGCAUACAUUGGUGUCUACCCCGCCGCACAUGCUCAGACUAGGAGUCCCCCCUCCGCUCGUAGGCCCCUCCCAGACACGCGCGAGAGUGAUCCGGAGCUCGGAGAAGAGCCUCAGUUGCACGGGACCGCAAGAACGUCGCUGGAUCCCGGGAGGACCGGAGAGAGAGAGACGCCACCGUGGGACUGGAGUUGUGCUCAGGCUGAAAGAUGUUCUCCUCCGUGAAGGCCUUCGAGGGGCAGCAUUACGCCACCCUCAAGAGGCAGUGUCUACAGAGUGGAGAGCUGUUUGAGGACCCACUGUUUCCAGCCAUAGACCACUCUCUCUUCUACCUGGGUAACAGGAUUGGCCAUGUGCACUGGAAAAGACCCGGGGAGCUGUGCGAUGAUCCUCACUUGUUUGUGGAUGGGAUCAGUGCCCAUGAUCUGCACCAAGGGCAGCUGGGAAACUGCUGGUUUGUGGCGGCCUGCACCAGCUUGGCUUCCCGAGAGUCUCUAUGGCAGAAAGUUAUUCCAGACUGGAAGGAGCAGGAAUGGGAUCCAGAGAAGGAGGACUCUUAUGCAGGAAUUUUCCACUUCCGCUUCUGGCGGUUUGGGGAAUGGAUGGACGUGGUGAUCGAUGACCGUCUCCCUACAGUGGACAACCAGCUGGUGUACUGCCAUUCAAAUGAUAGCAAUGAGUUCUGGAGUGCCCUUGUGGAAAAAGCCUAUGCCAAAGUUUAUGGUUGCUAUGAAGCAUUGGAUGGUGGGAACACGGCCGAUGCCCUGGUGGACUUCACUGGCGGAGUGUCGGAACCUAUGGACCUUCUGGAGGGCCAGUUUGCUCAGGAUGAAGUUGCCAGAAACCAGCUCUUUGAAAGAGUGCUCAAGGUCCAUAAUCGAGAUGGCCUUAUCAGCUGCUCUAUCAGGGCAACCACAGUAGAGGACAUGGAGGCAAGACUGGACUGUGGGUUAGUGAAAGGCCACGCCUAUGCGGUGACCGAUGUUCGCAAGGUUCGCCUGGGACAUGGCCUGCUGGCAUAUUUCAAGUCAGAAAAGCUACACAUGAUCCGCAUGAGGAACCCGUGGGGUGAGAAGGAGUGGAGUGGACCCUGGAGCGACAGCUCAGAGGAGUGGAAGAAAGUGAGCAAGAGUGAGAGAGAGAAACUGGGCGUCACUGUUCAGGAUGAUGGAGAGUUUUGGAUGAACUUUGAGGAUUUCUGUCACUACUUCACCGACCUGAUCCUGUGUCGACUGAUAAACACGUCCUACUUGAGCAUUCAUAAGACUUGGGAGGAGGAGGUGAUGAGGGGCUCCUGGAUCCACCGAGACGACCCGCUCCGCAACCGUGCCGGAGGCUGCAUUAACCAUAAAGCCACUUUUCUUCAAAACCCACAGUAUGUUUUUGAUGUUAGAAAAAUAGAAGACGAGGUGCUGAUCUGCCUGCAGCAAAAGGAACGCAGAGCUACUCCCAAGGAGGGCAAAGGCGAGAACCUAGCCAUUGGAUUUGACAUCCAUAGGGUGGAGUUGAACAGAAAAUACAGAAUGCACUCAGCUCAGCAGAAGGUCGCAGGGUCGAUCUACAUCAACUCUCGCUGCGUGUUUCUGAGGAAAGAGCUGAAGGAGGGGCGUUACGUCAUCAUCCCUACAACCUUUGACCCUGGUCAACAAGGAGAGUUCCUGCUCAGAGUCUUCACUGAUGUGCCUUCAGACUGCAAAGAAUUAACACUGGACGAGCCUCCUCAGACAUGCUGGACUGGGAUUUGCGGCUACCCUCAGCUGGUCACCCAGGUGCAUGUGUUAAGUGCCGACGGCCUGCAGGGCCAAGACGCCAAUGGAGAGCUGCACUGCUUGAUCUCCCACAAGACACGCUCUGACUUCUACACAGGAGCCUCUGACCCAUAUGUGAUCAUCACCUGUGAGGGGGAGAAAGUUCGUUCCCCCGUGCACAAAGACACACGCUGUCCUAAUUUUGAUAUUAAGGGAAUAUUCUACCGCAAAAAGCCAAAGGAAGGCAUUCACAUCGAGAUCUACAAUAAGAAUGUGAUUGUUGACACCUUCCUGGGUCAGGUUACCCUCUUUAGUGACCCUAACGACCGCCAAGAGCAGCACACGGUCUACCUUAAAGACAAGGGUAGUCGCCAAGACAACAACCUUCCAGGCACACUGACUGUGCGUGUGAUCACCUGCACCACUUUAACCAACAUCUGAUCAGAAACUAAAUGCAGCCUCAUACAUGCCGCCUCUUCACAGUUUCAGCUUGGUUUCCUCAUUCACCCUCAAUGCCUUUAGAACUCAUACAUUUCUACCGUUUUUUUUUUUUUUUUUUUUUACAGUAAAGGGUUAGUUCACCCCCCCAAAAAACUGAAAGUCACUCUCAUGUCAUUCCAAACUCCUUAGCUGUUAUGUUUUCUAUAGAUCAAAAAAGGACAAUUUUGAAUAAUCCUUCUAUUUGGUAGUGACCACAGUAAUCCAUACAAUAUAUUCCAAGUCUUUUGUAGCCAUAUGAAAGAUUUAUGUAAGGAACAGACUGAAAUUGAAGUCAUUAUUCAGUGAUAAUCUUCUGCUCCAGUGAUCUGUUAACUUGAGAACACCUGUGACAGGAUUGAAUCAGUGAGCUGAACUUGGGCUGUGUCCGUAAUCGCACCCUAGACCCUCAUUCACUAUUAUGGCGUUUCUCAAAGUGUGGGGUGCGCCCCACUGGUGGGAAAUAGAGACAUGACAGGUGGGGCGCGUGAGGAACGAGUGGAAACGAGAGAAAAUUUGGUCAUUUUUGUGCCCAUCUCUUUUAACCUUUUGAGUCCUGUCCCACAUAUGGGAUUUUUAUUUCUGUGCCCCUGAGAGUACGGUCCCACAUAUGGGAUUUAUAACGUUCAGUAACGUCACUUAACUGCCAGAUUCAAACUGUGCUUUCAUGCUUUGGCUAGCGGUGAGCCAGAGACGGACGCACUCAGCAGCGCUUGUCAUUUGUCACAACUAUGCAGUGUUUUUAACAACAUAAUGUUUAUUUUAGGUGUCAGACAUUUAAAUAUACAUAAGUACUAGUAAAACCAUACAUUUAGAGUUUUUUAAAGUACAUACUGAUGUCUAUGGAAGCAGCAGUAACAAUCAAUUCAAAUGUAAUUUGCCUCCGUGUUUUAUUCAUAUCAGACACACAUAGUAUAAGUAACUAUAAAGGUUACUCUAUUUUCUCCCAGAUCACCAGCCACUUACUAACAUGGAUUUCGGGAGAAAUUGAUGAAUUUACGUGCUAUAAAUCUGACUGACAGGGCUCGCUGGACAGCUGCGCAAACAAACAUGACGGCGCCUAUCUCGCGUUAUAGAUCAAGAUCGUUUUUAAACGACAAAACACACUCACUUACACAUAUUUGAGAAUCGGAAUAUCAGAUAGUUGAUGACAUGGUAAGCAAGUUCAUGAAUAGUUUGGAGAAAAAAAGGAGAAAUAAAAGUGUUACAUGUGUCAUACAGUGUUUAUUGCGGCUGCGGUGUGUGAUGUGACAAGCAUGACGCGUUGCCAUGGAAACAAUAAAACCCUCAAAUAAUAUUUAAUUUAUAAUUUAUAUAUAAUAAACUUUUUAAUGCUGUUAUUUGAUGUAAUGUUUUAAAAAGUAAUGGUAAUAAAAUAAAUUAAUACAUUUUUUAAAUGUAUUAAACUUAAAGCCUAAUUUAUUAACAUUUUGUUGGGGCGAUUGGGGAUAGGUGGUGCUCAGAACCCUUCCCUACCUCCAAAGUGGGGAAUGGCAGAAAAAGUUUGAGAAACACUGUACUAUUAGUCCACUAAUAUAGUUCAAUUCAGGGAGUUAAUGAAGACGAGUGAGUGAAUUCGAACAUUGAGUGCGCUGAAAGGGCUGCCGCUUUAGCAUAAUUUGUGCUUGCUGUUUAAUAAUAGUUUGAAACCUAGCAAACUGGCAGCUCCAAUAGUAAGAUGAAAAGAGUUGUCUUGAACUCUAUUAUGGAAACUCUGUAUAAACCUUAAUUAAACUUUUUAAUAAUUAAAAUUAAAAAGGAAUUUAAACCAGUGGCGAGCCUAUUAUUAGCCCAUUAUAAAUAAUAAUUAAAUAAACCCGAUAUAUGGUGGCAUUAACAAACAAAGACCAUUGAUUUCAAACUCGGAUAGUUAAAGUAGUGUCACGGAUGGCAUAGAGACAAGAAGGUUAGAUCCAAACACAGUUUUAAUAGGGCAAACCAAAAACGUAAUCCAUACAGGCAAGGGUCCAAAAUCCACAGAACAGUCCAUACAAAACAAGAAAAACAAACAGUGAAGCCAGUGACCAUAGAUGAAACCUCAAUAACAAAAGCAGAAACAAACCAGGUAUAAAUAGACAGACACUAAUGAACAAACACAAAACAGCUGAGUGCAAUGAUGGGAUAAUGAGUCCGGGAAGUGGGUUAUGGGAAAUGAAGUCCAAGUGUGGUGAGAAACUAGUCCGGGUUGGAGUGCCCUCUGGUGGCUAACUAGGGCACUCCAACUGGUGAUCAUGACAAGUAGUUCUGCUUACAAUCUGUCUUUUUCGUAAAAAAAAUAUUUCCCUAUGGAGAAAAUAAAAUACUAUUCAAUUAUGACUUUUUAAUUUGAUUUAGUCUAGUUAGUUUUGUAUCCAAUACAGUGUGAUUUUCGUUGAUCAAGAUCUGGCAGCAGCGAUUCGCAGACAGCUUACCCUGCGCUCUAAAUCCUUCAUAGACCAGCAAACCAAUGAGAAUUCACGACAAUGAUUACGAUACAUAACAACAGAGCGUAGGCGACAAAGCUGUUGUAAAAUCAACAUACCUGGAACCCUCCGUCACUGGCAGAUUUGAAGAAAAUUACUGUGGUUUGGCAAAUAUAUGACAUAGAGUUGCAUAAGCAUUACCAACAUUUUAUAACGUAAGCUUUAUGGUAUACCUCAAACAAAGGAUGAUAUUACAUUUUUGAACCUGUUCUUUUCAGUGAAAUGUUCGAUCUGAUUCGCGAAUCAGUUCUUGAGUUUGUUCAUUCUGAUUUAUGAAUGAAUCAUUCAUCCUUUGAACCUGUUCUUUUCAGUGAAAUGUUCGAUCUGAUUCGCGAAUCAGUUCUUGAGUUUGUUCAUUCUGAUUUAUGAAUGAAUCAUUCAUCCUUUGAACCUGUUCUUUUCAGGGAAAUGUUCGAUCUGAUUCAUGAAUCAGUUCUUGAGUUUGUUCAUUCUGAUUUAUGAAUGAAUCAUUCAUCCUUUGAACCUGUUCUUUUCAGGGAAAUGUUCGAUCUGAUUCGCGAAUCAGUUCUUGAGUUUGUUCAUUCUGAUUUAUGAAUGAAUCAUUCAUCCUUUGAACCUGUUCUUUUCAGGGAAAUGUUCGAUCUGAUUCGCGAAUCAGUUCUUGAGUUUGUUCAUUCUGAUUUAUGAAUGAAUCAUUCAUCCUUUGAACCUGUUCUUUUCAGAGAAAUGUUCGAUCUGAUUCGCGAAUCAGUUCUUGAGUUUGUUCAUUCUGAUUUAUGAAUCACUCAUCUUUUGAGCCUGUUCUUUUCAGCGAACCAUCUGAUUCGCAAAUCUGUUCGUGUUUAGUUCUCACUCACUGAUCACUGAUCCAUAAUUCAUUGAUCGGUUUUCCAGUGGUUCUUAAUUUAACUGUUCACUGGAGAGGAAGAUUAUAGGUAAAUUAUGAAUUCAGUUUUGAAAAGUAAAGCUAUUGAUUCUCUUCAGAAGAUGUUGAAUAAGUUGUAUGGACCACUUUCGUGGUGUUUGGAGCUUGACAGAAUGUUGUUGUAUGGAAAAUGGCUACAUAAAGAUUCAACUUUUUAUGUUCCACAAAAAAACAGCAUAUGGGUUUUUAACAUGACGAUGAGUAAAUUAUAACAGAAUUUUAGCCUCUAUAUGUGAACUAUUCUUUUAAUACCACCCAGUCAUGAUCUGAAAUUUAAUAAAGGGCUAUGCAUUGUGUUUGCAUGAACAGCUGAGUUAGUCUAAGGUAGAAUUAGAUCCUUUAGGAGUCCUAGUCACAUGAUCGGCCGCAUCUCGUCUGCCAGAUCACUGAAUGCAGCCCAGCCCAGGGAGUUGAUUCAAAUCCGAUUUUUUUUUUUUUUUCCCCACCCUUGUCUCUCUUUCCAUCCCUUCUUUCCUCCACGCAUUCAGUCAUCACAUAUUCAGUCAGUGUCACACGUGUGCCCAUUCACACAGAUUCCCUCGAGAUGCACAGUGAUGUGGAGCUCCACCUGAUUACAGAAACCUUGAUCUUUAGCGAGACCUGAUCAGCACUCUUUUAGCUGAAAGAUUUCAGUGACCGGUGGGCCGCAGCGGGCACCUCUUCAGAUUCUCCGGGUCACGUCGCUUAGCAACAGGAGUCUGGAAUAGAACCUACUGGAGCAUGAAGACGAGUUCUACUCUUACCAGUGGACGCAAAGUACCAAAAGCCCACCCGAACAAUCUGCCAUGCCAUUUUCUGCCUGAAAACAUGGAUGGGCAUUACAAAAAUGCCAGGGAGGUUUGAUGAGCGUUUCACCUUUGUCCUGCAUUUGAUAUUGUGUGUGAAUGUGUGUGUUUGGGUGACCAGUCAGUCCUUAUUUGAUAAGCCACGUCCCACAUCACAAGUUUCAUUUAGGAUGACGUUUGCCCUAAUGAUUUGUCUUAGCUUUAGUUUGACAGCUAUGUAAAACCAGCAGCGUGAUGUGUAGCUUUUUGAAACAAUAGUGGGUGGGUUACCGUAUGUAUUCCUUUUAAGUUAUUUUAGUGUUAUUUAUGUACUAUUAUAGUAUUUAUUAAUAUUUUGAAUUAGCAUUUAUUUUUAUUUUGUCAGUUUUUAUUUUCAUUUAAGUUUUUA